AUGGGGUUCGUUCGAUUCUUCCGGUCCCUGAGAACAACAAGCACAACCAAAGACAUCGCUGUUGAAUUCUCCGUCCAAAAGAUUGAGAACCCAUCGUCAAAAUCGUCAUCUACGUCGUUACCCAGCAUUUCCACGCAGCAGCGUGCCCUUUUGCUCCAUGGUCCCAAGCAGCCUUACGCAGAAGUGCUAGACCAUCCGAUCCCGUCACUUUUGGAUAACCGAGAACUUCUGGUCUGGAAUAGGGUGAUUGGUCUCAACCCGAUCGAUUGGAAGGCACCGGACUUCAAUUUCGGUAUUCCACAACUCCCUUACAUAUCAGGGCGCGAACUUGUUGGAGAGGUCGCCAUAAGUCCGAGACGGGAGUCGCGGUUCAGACCUGGUGACUUGGUCAUUGUCAUCUCCACGGACUACCGGGACCUCCGCAAAGCUGCUUACCAGCAAUGCGUUGUAGCCACCGAUUUCAACACUUGCCGCCUACCACCAAAUAUUGCCCCCGAGUCAGGAGCUGCGCUCGGCGUGGCCUUCGUCGCUGCAGCUCUUUGUCUCGGUAUUUGUACUGGACUCGACUUCUCCAAAGUGACAAACGGACCGGACCUUCCUUCCAUAGUGAGAGGACUGGACCCCCAGCGGCUUCCGGAGGACAUCAGGCCAGAAUGCUUGAAUGGGAUCAACGAGGCUGAGAAGGCUAAACCGGGAGACUGGCUCACAAUCUGGGGAGGUUCUUCCACCAGUGCUUUCAUGUUGAACCAGAUUGCGAGGCUUAUGGGACUACGGACAAUCAGCAUCAUGGACUGCCGCAAACAUGCCCUGAGUGUGUCCUCCGAUUCGAGAACCAAACCGGAUAUCGUGGUUGACAACCACGACCCUGAGAGAGCCAUCGAGAUCGCAAGGUCCGUGACAAAGAACAGUCUCCGAUUUGCCGUGGACACGGUCGGCCGAGACACAGCAAAGCACUUGAUGCGAUGCUUGCAACGGUCUUCCGCAUCAACCAACGACCCGGAGACCUCACCGACACUGGGAACAGAUGCUGCUCUUCCGUCAGCACAUCUGGUAGGUCUUACCGGGUUGCCAAAAGCAUCGCCGCCACCCAAUGUUGUCUUCCACAGCGUGCCCAUUAAGAUAUUCCACGAGAUCCCGGAACUAGGGGAAAUAUUGAUGCUCUGGCUCGAGCGACUCUUAUCACAAGGUCUUUUGGUGCCUCCUACCAUCUUGGGAGUGAGGGAGGGAUUCGGAGCCAUCAAUGACGCUUUGGACUCGAUGCGGCGGGGUGAAGUCAGUGGCGGUAGGCUGGUGGUCAGGGUCAAGUGA